AUGGACACGUACAGGAGCCCCGGCAGCCCCACGUUCCCGGGAACACCCACAGGGGCCCCAGUUCCCCACCCCUCUUCCCAGGCCUCUUCCCCCAAGAAGCACACAGGCUUCGCCUACAAGGGCUUAGCAGGUCACAGCGUGUGCCUGCGUGGGAAGGAGGCUGCAGGCCAGCGUCGGUCCACCGUGAGGCCAAGGGCUCAGCAGGUCCGAGCCAAGGGACAGGGUGUUGGGGGCAAUGCCCUUGCUGUUGAGGAGCCGGCAGCAGAGGAGCGAGCACACGGCGCCGAACGGAAUGGGUUAGGCUACGCCCUCUUCCCGCAGCGCCGCACCUUCCUGGAGGCCUGGCGGGCUUGCCGCGAGCUGGGGGGCGACUUGGCCACGCCACGGACCCACGAGGAGGCGCAGCGUGUGGACAGCCUGGUGGGCGCCGGCCCCGCCGGCCGCCUGCUGUGGAUCGGGCUGCAGCGGCAGCCGCGGCAGUGCCAGCCGCAGCGCCCCCUACGCGGCUUCACGUGGACCACGGGAGACCAGGACACGGCUUUCACCAACUGGGCCUUGCCAGCCACGGGCGGGCCCUGCCCGGCCCAGCGCUGCGCCGCCCUGGAGGCGAGUGGCGAGCAUCGCUGGCUCGAGGGCUCGUGCACGUUGGCCGUCGAUGGCUACCUGUGCCAGUUCGGCUUCGAGGGCGCCUGCCGGGCGUUGCCGGAGGAGGCGGGCCAGGCCGGCCCAGCCGUCUACACCACGCCCUUCAACCUGGUCUCUACCGAGUUCCAGUGGCUGCCUUUCGGCUCCGUGGCCACCGUGCAGUGCCAGGCGGGCAGGGGUGCCUCUCUGCUCUGUGUGAAGCAGCCCAAGGGUGGCGUGGGCUGGUCGCGGGCUGGGCCUGUGUGCCCAGGAACUGGCUGCGGCCCGGACAAUGGGGGCUGCGAACACCAGUGCGUGGAGGAGGUAGAUGGGCGCGUGACCUGCCGCUGCUCCGAGGGCUUCCGGCUGGCAGCGGAUGGGCGCAGCUGCGAGGACCCUUGCGCCCAGGCCCCGUGUGAGCAGCAAUGUGAGCCCGGUGGGCCACAAGGCUACAGCUGCCACUGUCGCCUGGGUUUCCGACCCGCUGAGGACGAGCCACAUCGCUGCGUGGACACCGAUGAGUGCCAGAUCGCCGGAGUGUGCCAGCAGAUGUGCGUCAACUAUGUCGGUGGCUUUGAGUGCUACUGCAGCGAGGGCCACGAGCUUGAAGCCGAUGGGAUCAGCUGCAGCCCUGCGGGGGCCAUGGGUGCCAGGGCUUCCCAGGGCCUUGGGGACGAGUUACUGGAUGACAAGGAGGAUGAGGAGGAUGAAGAUGAGGCCUGGGAGGCCUUUGAUGGUAGCUGGACUGAGAUGCCGGGGAUGCCGUGGAUGGAGCCUACACAGCUGACUGACUUCGGCCUGGUCUACAGACCAAGCUUCCCAGAGGCCCAAGAGCCUCAGAGGCCCUACCCAGGGCCCACCUGGCCACCCCCACUCAGUGCGCCCCGAGUCCCCUACCACUCGGCAGUGCUCUCUGUCACCCGGCCUGUGGUGAUCUCUGCCAUGCGCCCCACACUGCCUUCUGCCCACCAGCCCCCCAUUAUCUCUGCCACACACCCACCCCUGGCUCCUGCCCAUCAGCCCCCCAUGAUCCCUGCCACGCACCAAGCUUCACCCCCUGACCACCAGUUCCCCAGAAUCUCAGCCAACUAUCCAGAUCUUCCCUCUGUUCACCAGCCCCCUGUUAUCUCAGCCACUCGCCCAGCACGGCCCCCUGCCCACCAGCACCCCCUCAUCUCAGCCACUCACCCAGCACAGCCCCCUGCCCACCGGCCCCCCAUUAUCUCAGCCACUCACCCAGCACGGCCACCUGCCCACCAGUCCACCAUAGCCCAAGACACCCAGGUCACUGAUACCCAGACCACCACUCAUUUGCCUCGAAUUCCAGUUAACCAUGCCCCUCUGGUCACCACGCCCAGUGCCCAUCAACCCCCUCAAACCCCAGAUGUUAUGGUGCUCAGAGCCCAGGCCACCCAGCUUCCCAUUACCCCAACUGCCCAGCCCCCUCUGACCAAUGCUUCCCAGUCCCCUGUGCCUGCUGCCACCCAGCCCCCUGCCCUCCCCACUCCCCUGCCCUCUCAGAGCCCCACUAACCAGACCUCACCCAGCAGCCCUACACACCCCCAUUCCAAAGCCCCUCAAGUCCCAAGGGAAGGUGCCCCUGACCCCAGGCUGGCCCCAUGGCUGCCCUCAGCGGCCCCCACAGCAGCCCCAACAGCCCUGGGGGAGGCCAGUCUAGCAGGUCGCAGCCCAAGGGAUGACCGGUGGCUGUUGGUGGCACUGCUGGUGCCAACGUGCAUCUUCUUGGUGGUCCUACUCGCACUGGGCAUUGUGUACUGCACCCGCUGCGGCCCCCAUGCGCCUAACAAGCGUGUCACUGACUGCUAUCGCUGGGUCACCCAUGCUGGGAGCAAGAGCUCAAUGGAACCCGCACCGCCCCGGGGCAGCCUCACAGGGGUGCAGACCUGCAGAACCAGCGUGUGA